ACAAAACCGAAAAACUCAUCAGUCAAGAAACAGAAUAGGUGUAGAAAUCACGCAAGCAGCAAAAAAACCAUAAAAAGUAAUUGGGCUAGAAACAAGAUCUUUGCAUUGAAGCUGAAAGUCAGCUACAUCUAGUUUGCUCAGCUCUGGGUUCGCUUGACAGUGGCGGUAGAACGCUUAAGCGGAACAAUAGUGAAAGCAAAGCUUUAAUAAUAGACUGGAAGGCGAUAGCAGAUACGACUUGUCUACUAAAAAAACUGAAACAACAACAGGUGACAGUGAAGUCACCAUCAACAGCAGCGCGGUGAAUCAGCAUGCAACAGCUGCGCAAGCAAACCGGCUUUUAAUACUCAAUUACCUUGGCUGUGUGGCGGACACUUGUAAGCUACGCGCAUCACCUUUUAUCAACAAUGAUGAAUUGUGUUGAAAGAGCUAUUUAAAUCAACUUUAAAAUACAAUACCGCAGGCAAGUGAGCCGUUGUGAAUUUUCACUCUAAAAUAGUACUUAAUUAACGUAGAAAAUUAAACCCGCUGUGAAAAAUGAAUCUCAAGACAACAUUAAUACUCUUACUUCUAAGUCAACUUACGUAUUCGUGUGUGCAUGCCGAAGAAGCUACAACCGGAACUAUUAAGCAGCAUUCGCUUCGUACACCUUUGCCUAAUUUGCCAGCGGAUCAUUUGAUACGCUAUUUGAAUACCUUCCCACAAGUGCGCGAAGAGUGUGCACUGAGUGAAGAAUGUCAGCGCGCUAUUAAAACUAACGCCUCUACAUUUAGAUCAAAUGACGCAGCAGUACUUACUACAGAAGCAGCGGCCGCAACAACUGUGACGGUGUCUGGCGGCCAGACCGACUCCGCUUCAUGUUGGGGUCAUGAGCUUGACUGUGAUGAAAACAGACGUUUUCAAACGCCCACUUGCCCCGGUGAACACCAUGGCUGGGUGCAAAGUAAACCUGCUCAAGUGAGCACUUUUUACUAUCAAGCCGAUUUUGGUUACAUAAAACAACAAAUCAGCGAGUUAUCACUUAUGUGUGAGCCUAGCUAUAUCACCGAUUCGUCACUGGAGUGCAGCAAGUAUUUACGCUUUUGUCGGGGACGCAACUUGCUUCUAGAUUUUCGUGAUCUAAUACAACGCAAAGAACUUAUACGCUAUCAUAUGGAUGUGCUGAAGCCGAGUCAAAUAUUGGGACAUUGUCAGUUGAAUAGAACACGCUUACAGGCGGAGCUUGAUCAUAUGGGCGCGCUGCAGUCUUGGGCACCAGAGCUGCGUAAUUUCGACGAAUUGCCAAUGCCGCUAAUGACAAGUGGCGAAUGUGAUUUAAUUGUAGAUACGCCCACUUUUAUUAUGAAAAUUGAUGCUACUUACAAUAUGUAUCACCACUUCUGUGACUUCUUCAACUUAUACGCCUCACUAUUUGUGAACCAGUCUCAUCCACUGGCAUUCCACACCGAUACGCGUAUCUUGAUAUGGGAAACAUAUCCAUAUGAUUCGCCAUUUGCGGAGACAUUCAAAGCAUUUUCCGAUAAUCGAGUAUGGACGUUGAACGAUGUAAAGGGAAAGCGUGUAUGCUUUCGAAAUGUGGUAUUGCCUCUAUUGCCACGCAUGAUUUUUGGUCUCUUCUACAAUACACCGUUGAUUCAUGGCUGUGAAGGUAGCGGCUUAUUUCGCGCUUUCUCUGAAUUCAUACUGCAUCGUUUACAAAUACCAUUUCGCCCACCUUUACAGCAAGCUAAGUUGCGCAUUACCUUACUAUCACGCCGCACAAAGUAUCGACAAAUUUUGAAUGAAGACGAGCUGCUCGAAGAAAUUAACGCCAACAGUAGUUACCAUGUGCAACGCAUAUCUUUCGAAAGGGGUCUCACCUUCAUUCAGCAAUUGGCUCUUACACGUAAUACAGACAUACUUAUUGGCAUGCAUGGAGCUGGUCUUACACACUUGCUAUUCUUGCCCAACUGGGCCACCAUUUUCGAAUUGUAUAAUUGUGAAGACCCGAAUUGUUAUAAAGAUUUGUCGCGUCUACGUGGCAUUAAUUAUAUAACUUGGGAACGUGAUGAAUUACUUUAUCCACAAGAUGAGGGCCAUCAUCCGCAGGGCGGUGCGCAUGCUAAAUUCACAAAUUAUCGCUUUGAUCCAAAAGAGUUUGUACGUUUAGUGACAAAAGCUGCGGAACAUGUGUAUGCACAUAAUGAGUUCCAGAAGUUUCAAACACAAAAAAGUGCCAAGCACGAAAUGAGCAAACAUGAUGAGAUGCGGAAAAAGAGAGAUGAGCUAUAGUAUAAGACUAAUUGGGUUUUUUAUUCAGUAUUUUAAUUUAUUUUGUAAAUUGUGAUCUUAAAUAGCUCUUAAUGAGAAGUUGAAAUUUUCUUUAAAUAGAGUAAACGCUGAAUUGUGUAUUAAAAUUUUGUGAUUUCUUGCGUCCCUUCUGGUCAAAGCGUAUUAUCGUUCCAGCAAAUUUCCAAAAACUAAGGGAAAUGGUACGAUUUUACAACAUCAAUGCAAUCGUAACCUCUGGUUGAGGCCGUUAUAGCUUAAUAUAAAUUAAUUGCAACCGUUUUGUUAAGAAUUACUGAAACCCGCUGUUGGACGGCUCUAUGCACAUUCUAUAAGUGGAAAACCCAGGCUCCGGAGGCUUCUUUUUAAAAAGUUAUUAG